AAUAAAUAAAUACAAUUGCCAGACAUUACAAAGUCGUCUUGUAUGAACGUAAUGUGACCUCAUUAAUAUUCAUGAGGUACGUCAUCGCCACAGUACGAUUUACAAAUCGUGUUGAGUCAAAGCAAAAGAAAAGCAAAGGACCACUAACGCAAGUGACAGCCACAAGUAGGAAAUCCCCUCUUCAGGAACAGCGCGUUUUUGAUGAAGAGCAGCUCUACGGAGAAGAAUAAACGAGAACAAAACCACUGAAAGAUCAGAGAAAAUGUCAGGAGCGGAGUUUGACAGAGAGUUUCUCUACAACUUACCCGCGUCUGUUAUGAAUGACUUUACACGGAUUAUAGAUUCACUUUCGCACUCAGACUGGACAUUAUUCGCUUCACAAAUAAUUCUUGACCAGACUGAACUUCGUCUUUUGGAGCAAAGCAGCAGGCGGACGGCACAACUCAUGCACAAAUGGGGCUGUCGCAACGGGACGGUCGGAGAACUUGUGAAGGUUCUUGAGGAGCUGCGGUUGUUUAGGGCCCGUGAUGUGAUUCUUGAACAGAGACGUAACGCACGAUCUCAGUCUGAGCAGCAGUCGUCUUCAGUGGAGACAUUAAGCACCGUGUCUCUUAGCAGUACAGUCGGCUGUGACAAAGUGCCUUUCAUUUACUCGGAAAUUCGGCCUUUACCCAAACCUGGUCCUCCGCCUCCUAAUCUGGACUCCAUAAUUUCAACAAACUCUAAUACAGAAAGAAAGUGCUCGUGUGAGAACCUCCAGGAUUUCUCGUCGGUUUCCUCCAAUGCGAUGAGCUGGCCGAUGGAGGAAGUACAAGAAGGCACAUGCAACUUCUCCACGUGCAAACAGAUUGGAGAAGGAGGUUUCGGACACGUGUAUCGAGCUACGAUGAGAAACACAGAGUUGGCUGUGAAGAAGCUAAAAGAGGACUCUCAUUUGGACUGGAGCGUCGUGAAGGAAAGUUUCAGGACAGAAGUAGAGAAACUAUCGCAAUACAGACAUCCCAACAUAAUGGACCUUGUUGGUUACAGUAUCAAAGGACAAAUGUAUUGUCUCAUAUCUGCUUACAUGCCAAAUGGCUCUUUAGAAGACCGACUACAUUGUAAGGACAACAUUGCCCUCUCUUGGUCACAGCGUGUUAAUAUUCUGCUCGGCACUGCAAAAGCUAUCCAGUACCUUCAUUCCUCCUCACCUGUGCUUAUUCAUGGAGAUAUUAAAAGCUCCAACAUCUUUUUAGGGCAUCAUCUGGAGCCCAAGCUGGGUGACUUUGGAAUGGCACGUUUAUGUCGGAACCCCAACAAAACUCCAGGCAAGACAUGUAGCGUGGCACAGACCUCAACGGUACGGGGAACUCUCGCAUAUCUCCCAGAGGAGUAUUUAAAAGAUGGACAGAUGGGGGUGGAGAUUGAUGUCUACAGCUUUGGUGUGGUUAUUUUAGAGGUACUUACUGGACGAAGGGCUCUAGAGGUCGAUGGUCAAUCCAAAAAUGUUUACUUGAAAGAUCUAGUAAAAGAGGAGGAGGAAGAUGACAGAAGCUUCAGCAAAGGAAAGCACUCAAGGGAACUGUCCUCUAUACAUGCAGCGGAGAACAUCUGUAGGAAACAUCUGGAUUCUCGAUUAAUGAGUGAAGACACACCUGCCUUGCAUGGAUCAUUGGAAAUCUCCAAACUGGCAUGUCAAUGUCUAGACCGGCGGAGGAAAAAGAGACCUCGCAUGACCGAAGUAUUUAAAGAACUCCUUGACUUAAAUUCGGAGUUGACGACUUGUGGCAGAUCAACUACGGUGAAAAUAUUUCCAGUAUCAUCUGAUCUUUCCACCCCAGAGCCUCUGCGUUCUGAGAACAGUUCACUGGACUCUCUGGCCCAGCAGUUUUCAAAACUCUGCCCUCAGGAGGACACUUACCCCUGCCUUCAUAAGCCCAUCUUUCCUACUUUAAAGUCUACAGCGCCUCAGUCAGACGAGUCCGGGUGGAAUGCUGAAUCCUGGGCUUCACAGUCCUCCGGAAUACCGUGUGAAUCGGAUGAGAGUCAAGGCUUUUCUCACUACUUUACAAACACCAGUAGCAGAUCUCAGCCUUUGUCGUGUGGGGCCUGUGAUAAUCAGAGCACUAAAUCAAGUGGAUCUUUAGUCAGUGACCCAUCACAGUCCAGUCCAAAUGAAGUUGUUGUUAACUCUGUGAGGCAGAGGUUUGUCCAGAAAAUGGAGAUGUAUGAAGAGGGAAGGAUUUUGACUUCUGAUCUCCUGUCAUCAGGUGACUCAUUAUACCGAGGGAUGAAUACUCAAACAAGAGAGCCUGAGGAGAGUGAUGAAUUUGCAAGCGAGACGUCUGACACCAGCCUACAGACCCCUACUGCAGUAUAAGACUUGAAGUUUAAUAAAACCCACAAAUAUGUUAAUAGCUUUUUAAAUGUUUACCUAUACUUGACAUUUCUUUAUGGUACUUUUUGUCUAUUGAAACAAGAGAAACAUUCCUUUUUAAAUACCUCAAUAUAACAAUGCUGCAGAAUUAUGUUACUUAGUAAUAGCAAAUGAUUUUGAAGUGGUAAAGUAUAGUAAACGAAAGUUGUGUACUUGUAAAUCUCGACUGACUGGUCAGAGAUAGUCCAUCAUUUAUUAUUAUACGCCUGUUAUUUUGGCGAUCUGA